CGGAGUCGGGAGUAUAAAGAUGCUCAGAGUCCGAAUUUUGACAGAAAUACAAGAUAUAGUUAUCGAAAAUAUAAUAUCGAAAUAAAAGAUAUUCGAUCGUCAAUCAAUCGAUCCAAAGGUGUUGCGCUAGGAACAUUCACAUCAAUUCAUUCGACCGUCUCAAACUUCCACUUGACGAAUCAACCUUUCAAUCAGAUUCCUCAAACAUUCACAAACCUUACGAAAUUUCAUGCCACAAAACAAACACUCACUUACCGUCGCUUUCUAAAAUUACACGAUAAUAUUCGAGUCGCUCUUUUUUGUUAAACCCGAUCGAGAAGGGUAAUAUUAUAAUUAAUUGGGGUUUCCGAAGACUUUUGCAAUUGCGCAUGGAAUAAACAAGGGUACAACAUUCUUUUACUUCUGUACUCUUAACACGAGGGGAGCCGGUGCUCUCAUUAGGCUGUGCCCCAGCCCAUCACGACGAAAGAUUGUGAGGACAGCAGGACAACAAGACAGCAAUUGUACACAGUUAUAGAUCAUGUACAUAUUGAGGGGUAUAGUCGUACUCACGACUUUAUUCGCAGACAUAAUAAAUGGUAUGUUGAUCACAUUCUGAAAUGUUCUUGAUUUUAGAGAGGAAAACACAUGCCAACUUCUCCCCAUGUGCCAACAGCCUUAAAUUAUGGAGAUCAUCAAAGGCUAAUCCAUUAACCUUAAAGCACAUUCUAAUGAAAGAAACCCUUUAACUUAUAUUUCAUUGGUCGAUACUCCGGAUAUUAGAACACCAUCACAUCGAGUACAUGCUUUGUCGAGUUUUGAUGUCGAGUUUGGAUUACAUGACGGUAAACAACGGGUGAAGUUGUCGUUGAAGCCUAAUCAUGAUGUUAUUGCGAAUGGAGCAACCAUACAAUAUUUGGCACCGGAUGGAUCAGUGAGGGCUUCAGAGACUAUCGACAGAUCGGCGCAUCGUGUAUUUAAGGGCUCUACAUGGCUACAACAUUAUGAAGGUGCGGAAUGGACGAAUGUUGGAUGGGCUAGGAUAAUGGUGAAGAAGGAUGGGAAUGAACCUCUGUUUGAAGGUGCAUUUCGAGUAGAUGGAGAUCAUCAUCAUAUUCAAACGAAGACGAGUUUUAUUUCUACGAGACAUGAAUUAGAUCCAUCGUUACCGGAUGAAGAAAAGGAAUAUAUGGUUGUAUGGAGGGAUUCUGAUAUUGGGAGUGGUUAUACACAAGAUUUCGAUGGACUCAUGCACCCGGAAUUGAGAAGAAACGCACGGGAGGAUCCUUCAUGUUCAGCGGAUGGACUAAAUUUCAACUCCAUGAAUAAUCCGAUCAAUAACUUUGAGCCAAUGGCUAAACGAGAAGAGGGGUUUUGGGGUUCAAUUUCAACUCGAGCUAUAUUCGGACGACAAAUCGAUACACAAUCGGGUGGUAAUUCUGCAGGAGUUAAUCUUACCACAACUAUCGGAUCCUCAGCUGGAUGUCCUUCUACACGAAAAGUAGCUCUUGUGGGAAUAGCUACUGAUUGUACAUACACGGCUGCUUUUAACUCGACCGAAUCGGCUCGAGAGAACGUCAUUCAAGUUAUUAACGCUGCCUCUGCACAAUACGAGGAUAGUUUUAACAUUACGCUGGGUUUGCAAAACCUUACCGUCAGCGAUGCCGCGUGUCCUGCUACCGCAGCCGCUUCAGCUCCAUGGAAUGUGGGAUGUAGUGAUGGAGUUACCAUUCAGGAUCGUUUGAAUCUAUUUUCUGCAUGGAGAGGUGAAAGAGCUGACAAUAAUGCUUACUGGACCUUGCUUAGUACUUGUCGUACUGACAGUGUAAGUUUUUCUCCUUUCUCUCCAGAUUGUGUCACUUUAGAGGCGGAAUGUCUACUUAAAAAACUGCCGGACAACCAUUUUAUUACUCCGUUUACUAAUCUCCAUCUAGGCUGUUGGUUUAGCUUGGCUUGGUCAAGCCUGUGUAACGAACGCACAAGUAGCCUCAACAUCAAGUGGCAAUGAAACAGUUAGUGGUGCCAAUGUUGUUGUUAGAACGAGUACCGAAUGGCAGGUUCUUGCCCAUGAGACUGGACAUACAUUCGGAGCCGUUCAUGAUUGUACAUCAGAAACUUGUAGUGAUGGUCAAACGGUUGCAGCCCAACAAUGUUGUCCACUUAAUGCACAAACAUGUGAUGCUGGCGAAGCAUAUAUCAUGAAUCCAAGUACUCGUAGUGGCAUCACGAAAUUUUCACCUUGUACCAUUGGAAAUAUCUGUUCAGCCAUUGGAAGAAACAGCGUUAAAACCAAUUGUUUGACAGCCAACAAAGAUAUUACUACGAUUACUGGAAGUCAAUGCGGCAAUGGAAUUGUGGAAUCUGGUGAAGAUUGUGAUUGUGGUGGAGCUAGUGGUUGUGGGAGCAAUAGUUGUUGUGAUCCAACUACUUGCAAAUUUACGACAAACUCGGUUUGUGAUCCAAGUAAUGAAGAUUGCUGUACAUCGACUUGUCAGUUUGCAUCGAGUGGUACAGUAUGUCGGGCUAGUACGGGUACCUGUGAUCCUCAAGAAGUAUGUAGUGGAACUGCUGCUACUUGUCCUGCAGAUGCUACUGCUCCUGAUGGUAAGAUUUCUCAUUCAUCUUCCUACUUCGAAUCUAUUCUAACUUAUGAUAGGAACUUCUUGUGGUAGUUCUUCCUCGUUGGCUUGCGCUUCAGGCCAAUGUACUUCUCGUGAUCUUCAAUGCAAAAGUAUUAUGGGGUCUUACACCACAGGGAACGAUACAUAUGCCUGCUCAUCCUCCGGUUGUCAAAUCUCUUGUGCUUCUCCCGAAUUUGGCCCAAAUGUUUGUUACUCUAUGCAACAAAACUUCCUCGAUGGUACACCUUGUCAAGGUGGCGGCAGAUGUUCAAAUGGUGGCUGUGAAGGGGCAUCCGUCGGUAAAGAAAUCACCUCCUGGAUUGAAGAACAUAGAAAUCUCGUUAUCGGUGUCGCUUGUGCGGUUGGCGCGCUCAUCAUCUUUGCAUUACUCAGUUGUAUCGUGGGUAGAAUAAGAAGAAGAAGAGCAAUUAGAUUAGCAAAGGAAAGAGCAAUGAAUCAACAAGGUUGGACUCAGGGUCCAAACAUGUGGCAAGCUCCUCCUACGAGUGGUGGAAGGAGAGGAAUGGGUGCGCCGGGUCCUAGUGGAGGGGAUUGGGUUGAUGGGAGGUGGAGACAAGAACCGCCGGGGGGAUGGCAACCUAGUGUUAGGUAUGCUUGAUUUGAGUUUGUGUUUAAGUUGUGUCGGGGUUAAAAAUGGAUGCAUGUCGUUUACUUUGUGCAUUAUUCAUUACAUGGUGUUUUUGGAUUUGGAUUUGGAUUUCGUAGGGGUUUGGGUAUAGGAUGUUGAUGCAUACAUGCAUGCAUGCAUGGGAUUAAUCCCAUCGGGGUCUUGAUUGGGUAUAGUAUGGCAUGGCGUUUGGAAGUGUUGAGAAGCGGGAUGUCUAUUACCGCUACUCGACUGGUAUAUACAUAGUAAUUUUAUUAUAUUGUUUU